AUGUGGUCGUCCUCUGGGAGCGGCAAGAAGCCGGUCAAUGCAGUAAGUCGACGUCGCCUCGGCCUUGUGUCGCAACUGGCGAUAAGUGGUGAUGCUAACUGCCGGUCUCCAGCCGCAGGAGAUGGUACAGGUCGAUCAGUCUCGCCGUUCUGGAGACCGCCGCCACGAGACGGCUCUUCUAGGAGGAACGUUACUAACCCAGCUGGCCGAGAUGGCUCCAAUCUGGUCGUUGGGGCCGCGUAUUCUCAUGCGGAUAUCCUCAAGUUCGAUUCAUUAAACCUCUCCAACUCUUCUUCGCCUCGUCCUAGAACCCCCCCUUCGACGUCGUCCUCGAGAAAUCGCAUGGCCGACACCACUCCACCACCACAACGUGGCAUGGGCUCCACUUCGCCGCCGUUCAAGAGUUAUAUCAACUUCCUGUCGAAUACCAACGAUGAUUGGAAGGCGGACGAGGAUGAAAUGCUAGGGUACGAAGAUGAUGACGGAGACGACUUUGGGCUCCCUAGCCUUUCAAAUAUGAAGAGAAGGUCGAAGCGAAUAGCUACUCAGAACAAGUCGUCUCUGAACCAGGAGACUCUAUCUCCCGCGAAUGACGGUUCCUUUGGUAGAAUUCAAGGCCGACGGUAUUCGAACAGCGCAGAUAUCGCAGCUGAACGUCCAGCAUCAACCUACCCCAUGCCCAAGAAAAGUGAGGGCAAGAUCCUCCGACCUCAGUAUAAAGACAUAUUAAAAGAUCCGGCAAAUGCGCUUCAUUUGAUCAACUACCCUUCUAUUCCUAGCAAUGCACCGCAGAAAGAAGCCGAUGCAAUCAACUCCCGUAUAACGCGUAUAAAUAAGUUCAAACGACUACUACAAGCAUCGUCGAUAUCACUCCCUGACCUUCGCACACUGGCAUGGUCAGGCGUACCACACGAAGUCCGUGCCAUGACCUGGCAACUCCUUCUUAGUUAUCUCCCUACGAACAGCGAGCGGCGUGUUGCGACCUUGGAGAGAAAAAGAAAGGAGUAUCUAGACGGAGUCAAGCAGGCAUUUGAAAGAGGGGGGGCAAGUAACAACAGUUCCUCUGCCGGAAAAGCGAGAGGCUUGGACGAAGCUGUUUGGCACCAGAUCAGCAUCGACAUUCCUAGGACAAACCCUCACAUUGAGCUUUAUAGUUAUGAGGCGACACAGAGGUCGCUGGAACGCAUCCUCUAUGUCUGGGCUGUCAGGCAUCCUGCUAGCGGAUACGUGCAGGGUAUCAACGACCUGGUAACACCAUUCUGGGAAGUUUUCUUAGGGCUUUACAUUGCAGACCACGAUAUCGAGACGGGCAUGGAUCCUGGUCAACUGCCUAAAUCAGUUUUGGAUGCUGUGGAAGCUGACUCAUUCUGGUGCCUCACCAAACUUCUUGAUGGCAUUCAAGAUCACUAUAUUGUCGCACAGCCAGGCAUCCAGAGACAGGUCACAGCCUUGCGCGACCUAACUGCUAGAAUCGAUUCAAACUUGUCAAAGCACCUUGAGCACGAGGGCGUUGAGUUCAUACAGUUUAGCUUUCGGUGGAUGAAUUGUCUCCUUAUGCGCGAGAUCAGCGUCAAGAACACGAUUCGUAUGUGGGAUACAUACCUCGCCGAGGAACAGGGUUUCUCAGAAUUCCACCUCUACGUUUGCGCUGCGCUUCUCGUAAAGUGGUCCGAUAAACUAGUAAAGAUGGAUUUCCAGGAAAUCAUGAUGUUUCUACAGAGCCUUCCCACGAAGGCGUGGACGGAAAAGGAUAUUGAGUUGCUCUUGAGCGAAGCCUUCAUUUGGCAAAGCCUUUACAAAGGCUCUGCAGCACAUUUGAAGGGCCAGCCGCAGCGUCCCUUGCUUCCGAAUCUACAAUUAUAG